UUGCUAUGACGACGGCGUUGCAGCUCGUCUCUCUAAAGGCAUUCUCUAAUGAACUCUGUCGACAACAAAGACAACUCAUCACGAUAGAUAGCAGCCGUUGUAUGUGAAUUGUGCUUUUCAAACCCAUUUAAAAUGCUACAGGAUCCCAGAUGUCUUCUUCCUUUUAAUAUCACCAUGAAACACAUGAGUUAACUACAUAAUGGCGACCUUAAAAGAAGUGGAUCACACAACUGUGGAGGGAUCAGAGGAGCUUCCAACACAGGAGGACGCAGCUGGGGAUCAGACAAAAGAAAGGAGACAUGUCGAUUCACUUCUAGAUAUUAGUGAGGAGGAUUUCAUGAAAGAACAGGAGCCAUAUGAGUAUCAUUGUUACCCUGGUUGGGAAGAAGCUGUUCAUGGUUGGGCCAGAGUUGCUCCACUGAGCUGCAUACUUUUGACUCAGAAGAGGUACAGUAAACCAAUGCAUAAGGAGGCUGACAACCCAACCCCCUUGUCUGUUGACCCAACGAUCCCUGAGGCAGACAGCUCAGCCAGCAUUGGACAGCACUGCUGUGAGUCUCAUGUGCCUGUCCUCAAUGCAAUGCAGAAAACCACAUCAAAUAUACUCAAAGAAAAGAUAGGGGAGGAAGGGAUGCUCAGAGAGACCUCUUUGCAGCCUCACCAUCUCCCUUCAAAAUACUUGGAGAACAGGCCCACUAAGCCCGAGAAACACAGGCAUAGGCCUAAUGAUACAGUGGUUCCCAUUAAAAGCUUCACAUUUUUACCACCAAUUAAAUCACCACACCGGAGUCCUCAAAAAGUCAUCCAGCUCUGCAGUGGCAAGACGGCUCCAGGAGGAGAACCCAUAGAGGAAAAUGGUUUCAUGUUUGAUAAGAAGAGCGGGACGAGAGGAACAAGAGUGGACCCUAUUGCUAACCCAGAGCUUCCCACGUACUCUGCGGCCCUGACCUCCAAGUACCGGGCAUGUCAGCAUAACCUCCACUUGUUCUCUGCUGUGCAUGUUUCUAUCCCCAAGAGGUAUCAAGUACCGAUGUCUUCCAAACCUGACACAUUGCACCGCGCUAGCUACUCAACGGGCAAGAGCCUCACACAGGCCCUCCACUCCAGCACUGCAGCAGGUGCACAAGCCCAUACGCACCCCAGCAAGACUGUGUGUAUGUAGUAUGCUAGUGUCAUCUUAAACUCUCUUCUUCUUCUACCAAGUAAAAACAUGCUUUAUUUUA